AUGGAUAAUUCAAUUCAUGUUCCUGAUGGUUACUCAGUCUCAAAGAGAUUACAAAGUGAAUUAGUUCAAUUAAUGAUGUCUUCUACUCCAGGAAUUUCUGCGUUUCCAGAAGAUGACUCAAAUCUAUUAAAAUGGUUUGGCACAAUAGAAGGCCCUGAAGAUACUCCAUAUGAAAAUUUAAAAUUCAAAAUAUCUCUUGAUUUUCCAAAUAACUAUCCUUAUAAACCUCCAACAAUAAAAUUUAUUUCUCCAAUGUGGCAUCCAAAUAUUGAUAUGAGUGGUAACAUUUGUCUUGAUAUCUUGAAGGAAAAAUGGAGCGCAAUUUAUAAUAUCCAAACCAUUUUGUUAAGUUUGCAAAGUCUAUUAGGUGAACCCAAUAAUAAAAGUCCAUUGAAUGCUCAAGCCGCUCAAUUAUGGGAUACUGAUAUGAAAGAAUAUAAAAGAUUAUUGAUGCAAAGAUAUGAAGAAAUCGAUGACUAG